AUGAUGCAAUGGAGGAACAAGAACAAAGUAACAAAGAUGAUAAAAUGGAGGAACAAGAACAAAGUAACAAAGAUGAUGCAAUGGAGGAACAAGAGCCAAGUAACAAAGAUGAUGCAAUGGAGGAACAAGAACAAAGUAACAAAGAUGAUAAAAUGGAGGAACAAGAACAAAGUAACAAAGAUGAUGCAAUGGAGGAACAAGAGCCAAGUAACAAAGAUGAUGCAAUGGAGGAACAAGAACAAAGUAACAAAGAUGAUAAAAUGGAGGAACAAGAGCCAAGUAACAAAGAUGAUAAAAUGGAGGAACAAGAAAAGGAGAAUGAAGCUGAUACAAUGGAUGAACAAGAAAAAGAGAAUGAUGUUAAUUCAGGAGAGGAACAAGAACAAAGUAACAAAGAUGAUAAAAUGGAGGAACAAGAACAAAGUAACAAAGAUGAUAAAAUGGAGGAGGAACCAGAACAGAGUAGCAAGUGUUCAUUAUUAGAGAACUUGAUUAGAUCUGUUGUGGUAUUUGCAACUUUUAAAUUUGCUCUCUCUAAACAUUCUAGUAAAAUUAUUUCAUCAACUCAUAUUAUUAGUGUUGAAAACGUUGACAAAAUUGGUGGUUAA